UGUCGGGUGAAGGUGUUUGGGACUUCCGUGGCUGGACGUGAUUGGCAAUUCGCAGUAUCGUCGUAUCGGCUAACAGGUCAAAAUGCAGAUCUUUGUGAAGACCCUGACCGGCAAGACCAUCACCCUGGAGGUGGAGCCUAGUGACACCAUCGAAAAUGUCAAGGCCAAGAUCCAGGAUAAGGAAGGCAUCCCCCACGACCAGCAGAGGCUCAUCUUUGCAGGCAAGCAGCUGGAAGAUGGCCGCACUCUUCCUGACUACAACAUCCAGAAAGAGUCGACCCUGUACCUGGUCCUGCGUCUGAGGGGUGGCUGUUAAUUCUUCAGUCUUGCAUUCGCAGUGCCCAGUGAUGGCAAUACUCUGCACUAUAGCCAUUUGCCCCAACUUAAGUUUAGAAAUUAACAAGUUUCAGUAAUAGCUGAACCUGUUCAAAAUGUUAAUAAAGGUUUUGUUGCAUGGUAAA